GCAGACUGACGCUGGCUGGCUGGGGGUUCACACGCACGGGAGCUGCACCCCGGGGAGGACAGACCGAGAACAUUGUCCUCGUGAGAACAUGGCCGAGGCAGAAGCAGUGCAGCUGAAGGAGGAGGGGAACCGGCAUUUCCAGCUCCAGGACUACAAGGCCGCAGCAAAGAGCUAUAGCCAAGCCCUGAAGCUGACCAAGGAUAAGGCCCUCCUGGCCACACUCUAUCGGAACCUGGCAGCCUGUGGCCUGAAAACGGAGAGCUACGCUCAGGCGGCUUCAGAUGCCUCCAGAGCCAUCGACAUCAACUCCUCGGACAUCAAGGCUCUGUAUCGGCGAAGCCAGGCACUGGAGCACCUGGGCGAGUUGGCCCAGGCCUUCAAGGAUGUGCAAUGCUGUGCCACCCUGGAGCCACAGAACCCGAACUUCCAGGAGACACUGAGGAGGCUCAACGCCAGCAUCCAGGAGAAGCUCCGUGUGCAGUACUCCACAGACUCGAGGGUACAGAACAUGUUUGAGAUUCUCCUGGACGGAAACAGUGAAGCUGAUAAGCUGGAGAAGGCGGCCAGAAACCUCAUUGUCCUCAGCCGUGAGGAAGCAGGGGCCGAGAGGAUCUUCCAGAACAACGGUGUGGCCCUGUUGCUGCAGCUUUUGGACACUAAGAGGCCUGAGCUGAUGUUGGCUGCAAUACGGACCCUGUCGGGCAUGUGUAGUGGCCACCGAGCUAGGGCCACAGCGAUUCUCCACGCAGUCCGGAUAGACCGAAUCUGCAGCCUCAUGGCCGUGGAGGACGAGGAGCUGCCUCUGACCGUCUGCAACCUGCUCCAGGCCAUCAUCGACGCUCUGUCUGGGGAGGACAAGCGAGAGCAUCGAGGGACGGAAGAGGCCCUGGUUCUGGACACCAAGAAGGACCGGAAGCAGAUCACCAACCACCUGCUUGACAUGCUGGUCAGUAAGAAGGUGUCUGGCCAGGGCAGGGAUCAGGCCCUGAACCUGCUCAGUAAGAACGUCCCCAGGAAGGACCUCGCCAUUCACGACAACUCACACACCAUCUAUGUGGUGGAUAACGGCCUGAGGAAGAUCCUGAAGGUAGUGGGGCAGGUUCCAGAUCUGCCGUCCUGCUUGCCCCUGACUGACAACACCCGAAUGCUGGCCUCCAUCCUCAUCAACAAGCUCUACGACGACCUGCGCUGUGACCCGGAGCGGGAUAACUUCCGCAAGAUCUGCGAGGAGUACAUCACGGGCAAGUUUGACCCCCAGGACAUGGACAAGAAUGUGAUUGCCAUCCAGACGGUGUCAGGGAUCCUGCAGGGCCCCUUUGACCUGGGCAAUCAGCUGCUGGGACUGAAAGGAGUGAUGGAGAUGAUGGUGGCUCUGUGUAGCUCAGAGCGUGAGACGGACCAGCUGGUGGCCGUGGAGGCCCUCAUCCAUGCCUCCACCAAGCUCAGCCGUGCCACAUUCAUCAUCACCAACGGCGUGUCACUGCUCAAAAAUAUCUACAAGACCACCCAAAACGAGAAGAUCAAGAUCCGCACGCUGGUGGGACUCUGUAAACUUGGCUCUGCGGGAGGCACAGACUAUGGUCUCAGGCAGUUUGCAGAAGGGUCGACAGAGAAGCUGGCCAAACACUGCCGCAAGUGGCUGUGCAACACGUCCACAGACACCCAGACCCGGCGAUGGGCAGUGGAGGGCCUGGCCUACCUCACGCUGGACGCCGACGUGAAGGAUGACUUUGUUCAGGACAUCCCUGCCCUGCAGGCCAUGUUGGAGCUGGCCAAGACCCCUGACAAGACCAUCCUGUACUCGGUGGCCACCACCCUGGUGAACUGUACCAACAGCUACGACGUCAAGGAGGUCAUCCCUGAGCUGGUGCAGCUGGCCAAGUUCUCCAAGCAGCAUGUGCCCGAGGAGCACCCCAAGGACAAGAAGGACUUUGUGGACAAGCGGGUGAACCGGCUUCUGAAGGCUGGCGUCAUCUCAGCGCUGGCCUGCAUGGUGAAAGCAGACAAUGCCAUCCUCACUGACCAGACCAAAGAGUUGCUGGCCAGGGUAUUCCUGGCACUGUGUGACAACCCAAAGGACCGAGGUACCAUUGUGGCUCAAGGUGGUGGCAAGGCCCUGAUUCCCCUGGCUUUGGAGGGCACAGACGUGGGCAAGGUGAAGGCAGCCCAUGCUCUAGCGAAGAUCGCUGCAGUCUCCAAUCCGGACAUCGCCUUCCCUGGGGAGCGGGUGUACGAGGUGGUGCGGCCCCUUGUGAGACUCCUGGACACACAGAGGGAUGGGCUCCAGAACUACGAGGCUCUCCUAGGCCUCACCAACCUGUCUGCGCAGAGUGACAAACUGCGGCAGAAGAUCUUUAAGGAGAAGGCCUUGCCAGAUAUUGAGAACUACAUGUUUGAGAACCAUGACCAGCUGCGGCAGGCAGCCACCGAGUGCAUGUGCAACAUGGUGGUGAGCAAGGAGGUACAGGAGAGGUUCCUGGCUGAUGGGAAUGACCGGUUGAAGCUGGUGGUGCUGCUCUGCGGGGAGGAUGAUGACAAGCUGCAGAAUGCGGCCGCGGGGGCGCUGGCCAUGCUGACGGCAGCGCAUAAGAAACUGUGCUUCAAGAUGACUCAAGUGACGACUCAGUGGUUGGAGAUCCUACAGCGGCUUUGCUUGCAUGACCGGCUGUCAGUUCAACACCGGGGCCUGGUCAUUGCCUACAACCUGGUGGCGGCUGAUGCUGAGCUGGCCAAGAAGCUGGUGGAGAGUGAGCUGAUGGAGAUCCUGACUGUGGUGGGCAAACAAGAGCCGGACGAGAAGAGGGCAGCAGUGGUUCAGACAGCUCGGGAAUGUCUCAUCAAAUGCAUAGAUUAUGGCUUCAUUAAACCAGUGUCUUAGACAGGGGCCCAGAGGGAUGCUGGGGCUGCUCCUGUACUGUGCAGAGUUCUGAGCUAUGAACUCCUGGGGUGUCAGUUCAGCUAGGGAUCAUAGCAGCGACCAUGAAGUCUCCAUAUAAAAGAAGGAUCUGAUUGUCCCGAGUUGUGAAUCUCCCCCUUCGCUCUAGGAAAGUUUGCAUGUUUCAUUAGCUCUCUUGUUCCUUGCAUCUGUCAUGUUUCCCAAAUUCCUAGAAUACUUUUCAUCUGUGAUUAGGAAGACAGGUUGGAUAAUUCUUUCUGUACCCAUUCCAGAGGCCAGGAUAAUGGGCUGAAGUUCUUUAUAUUUUGGAAAAUGGAUUGUGUGGUAAAGUAGGAACUAACAGGUGUGUGAAUAUAAACGUUAGUGCUGAUGCA